AAUAUUUGCCGACGGUAUGGUGGGUUGCGGUGAGGACAGUGACAUGUUUGCACAUGUGGAUCGUCUUCAAAGUGGUUACGGCCAAACUAAAUGGCUGGCCGAGCAACUUGUGUUGCGCGCUGCUAAAUCUGGAUUGCCAUGUGUUGUUUACAGAUUUGGCAAUCUAUCAGGCAGUACUAAGAGUUGGAAUCCGUCAGAUUUCACUCUGCACAUGAUCCAGGGUGUCAUCAGAACUGGGGCAGUGCCUGACAUCAAAUGGAAGAUUGAAAUGACGCCAAUUGAUUUUGUGCAAGAAAUGUUUGUGGAGUUGUUUUUGGAUCUGGAUAACUCAAUGGGGAAAAUCUACCAUUUUGUGAAUGAGGACCAGCUUCCAUGCGAGGAAUUGUGGAAACUAAUGGAGAGAAGGGGCUACAAUUUGAAAUCACUGCCUUACAACGACUGGGCCAAACAAGUGCAUGCCAACGAAGACUUGAAACCUCUGUCACAUCUACUUCAAUCCCUGGUCAAGAAUGAAAAUUACUUCACCAAUUUGGCUUCAUUCAAAAAAGAGAGACUGAACUGUUUCAUUGAAAAGAGAAAGGUGACAUACCCGGUAGCCGAUGCUGAGCUCUAUAGCAAAUACCUUGACCAUCUCCACCAAUUGGGAUGCAUUCCUGUGGCCGCUAAUAGUCCCAGUAAGUCAGAAGCAAGUGCAGAGAUUGACACAGAUCUGAGCGGUAAGAUAGUUUUGGUGAGUGAAGCUUCCUCGGAUAUUGGAGCCGCCAUUGCUGAGAAGCUGGCUCUAUGCAAUGCAAAGGUCGCCAUGUUUGAUACAAAUUUGGAUAAAUUGAACAAUUUGAAAGAAAAAUUCGAGCAGGCUGGAGCUACCCAAGUGCUUGCUAUGAAGGUUGACGUCACUAGCAUAAUUGAGGUGAAAAAUGCAGUCGGGAUUAUUGAAAGGUUGUGGGGUCCAGUGGAAAUUCUAGUGGACAAUGGCAACUGCAUGUAUUAUCAGGUGAUGAAGAACUGCGACGUUGCCAAGUGGUGCAAGAUGGAAGAUGUGAAUGGCAAGGGAUCGCUCAAUUGUCUGGCAGCUGUUGUUGGAGGCAUGGCUGAGAGGAAAAGUGGCCGCAUUGUCAAUAUCACAUCAGAUGCUGGCAAAGUUGUGAUGGAAAAAUUUGAUUUUUCUAGUAGUGUGGAGACUCUGAACCCAUCAGAUGUGGCUAAUGCAGUGUUAUCUGCCCUCAAGCAGCCAUUUUCAUGUUCAAUAUUGAAGUAAUCAACAGGCACCUACUCAAUAUUUCAUUUCUAUUGAU